CGCGAGCAGCAGGUGUUCGACACGAGUGAUUUAUACCACUCGUGGAGAAACACUGUUAAAUAUCUCACUCAUCUGAUAGCCGACAUCGAGGGAGGAAGGAAAAGCGGAUUGCCAUAAAACCAGUUUGAGACUGGACAUCAGUGUCGGCAGCUCACUCGGACAGUUUGGGAGUUUGGUGUCAGUGCAGGCAAAACCUACUUCGCCUUUUUCCUAUUGGAGCGAGUGAGGUGGGGACAUUUACGCAGUGUCUCAUACGGAGCUUCAACAGAGGUGUGAUUUGUUUUCUCUCCAUUGUCCUCAUCUUGUCCAUGUCCAAGCAGAACGGUGUUGACUUCAGUCUGAGUGCUGUUGAUGGGUUCCAAGAGUGUGGGAGAUCGUUUUGCAACAACACACAGUCUUAAAAAAUAGUUAGCAUCUAUUCAAAUAGCCCCUGUACUGAGCCUGAGCCUGGUCUGCAGCCCUCGGCCUGAGGCUGGAAGGGGAUGGGGACACUGGCCCUUUGCAGCCACUACUCACAGCUGUCAUGGAAACGCAGCGUCAUAGUGGCAAUGCUACUGUUUCACCUGUGCUGCCUGCAAGUAUGGGCAUCCUGUCGCAUCCUGAGGUGCAACUCUGACUUUGUAGCUGUCACCCUGGACCUUGGGGGCAGCGGAGGGGGCGGAGGAGGCAGCAGAGAGGGGGGAAAUGCGGGCUACUGCAGCGCCCUCCGUUCCUACGCCAUGUGUACCCGCCGUAUGGCCCGUGCCUGCCGGGGCGACCUGGCCUACCACUCGGCCGUGCAGGGCAUCGAGGACCUCCUCAUCCAGCACAGCUGCCCCAGGACAGGCCCCACCGCUCAUCCCCGGCCCCUGCCACAGGCCCCCAUCUCUGGGGACGCCUGUAUCUAUGAGAAGGGCUACCUCCAGCGUGAGGGCCGGACCCCUGACUAUCUCCACUGUGGAGUGUUCGGGGAUCCCCAUGUUCGCACCUUCCGUGAUGAGUUCCAAACGUGCACUGUACAAGGGGCCUGGCCACUGAUAGAUAAUGAGUAUCUAUACGUUCAGGCAACUAGCGCCCCCAUGAGAGGAGGGGUGUAUGCCACGGCUCUCAUCACGAUUACCAUCAUCUUUAAGAACUGGCGCCAGUGUAUCGAGCAGCAGAUCUACCAGGCGGAGCUGGACAACGUUCCCGCAGCCUUCGUGGACGGCUCAGUGACCAGCGGGGAGAGGCAGGGCCAGCACAGCCUGAGCGUCCACUCUGAUCUGCCUGGGCACCAGGCUGAGAUCCGUGCUGCCCACAUCGGCACCACCCUGGUGGUGCGUCAGAGUGGGCGGUCCCUGGGCCUGUCAGUACGCUCGCCAAGUGCCAUUGCUGAAGCAUUCACCCCCGAGCAGGACCUGCAGCUGUGUGUAUAUGGCUGCCCACCUUCACAGCGCCUAGAGACGCUACCCAGCCCCUCUUCUUCCUCCUCCCUUUCUUCCUCUUCCUCCAGCCAGCCCUCUGCUGCAGCCCAUGUCCACUGUGCAGCCCUCCUCCCUGCUAGGGACAUCUACUACCAGGCCUGCCUGUUUGACCUGCUGGCCACAGGGGACCUCAACUCCAGCACGGCGGCCGUGGCGGCCCUACAAGACGCCCGGGGAAUGAUCUCAGACCCCAAUAAGGUGCAUCUGCUACUGGUGGGCAAUGCCGAUGGUAGUAGUCCAUGUCUGCCUCUGAUCCUGGCUGUGGCUGUCCUAUCAGAGCAUCUGUUGGCUCUGUGGACUUGGCAGUGUUUAUGAACUAGUGACUGGUAGGAGCUGUGGGCAGAGCAUUUAGCCACACUGACUCUGACUGAGCAGAUGCUUUAAAAAAAAUCUUGAUGUCCUUGUUUCAUAAACAACAGGCAUCACCUUUGACUGGUUGGAACCCAGUGGCAUUGUGACUGGUUACAGAAGUCAACGUUUCCCUGAUUCGUUUUCUUCCAGCAGGAGAAGAAUGUUGAUCGGAAUAAAUACAGGUGAAUGCUCUCAGUGAGGAUAGAAGUGAACUAUUGAAGCCUGAGACUAGUUGUGUUGAUUCUAAUCCCUUAACUAUGCUGAGACAAAUGUAUUAAAUGUAUUAAAACAAUAUGUAUUAUCUCAGCACAGAGGAUGGCCUGUUGAAUAAUUCCACGAAUCCAGACAGUAAAUGGAAUCUUCAACUCUUUUUUUAUAUACUUUCUGUUAUUUUCUGUUUAUUUUAUCAUGGAGGGAAUUUAGUGGUUUAUUUAUAGUAAAUAUAAUACUACAGUGGUAUCAUCCUCUUUAAAGAAACUAAUUUAUCACUAAUUUAUUAUGUCAUCUUUGUGUGUCUACAUUUGGUUUGCAGUGAGUUGUAAUAAUGUCUCGAUUUCAUAAGGGACUGUUUUUGAAUGUACGUUUGGUUCAUAUGUCAGUAUUUGUAAGACAAUGUUUACAAUGUAUUGUUCAUCCUGUUCAUAUUUUUACCUAGUGUAGUUGCCGAAGUAAAAAAUAUAUCUUCCCAAAGUUACUCAUACCAUCUUUCUAAAACAAUAGAGAUCAAACAAGGAGUAAAUUAAAAUAAUAUAUUGUUUUCCAAAUGAAAAUAUCUCAAAUUGCCUUCCAUGUAAUAAUGUGAUCUCUGUCAAGGAUAAAACAUAUUUAUACCUACAGAUUCUAAUAUAUUUCCCUUUGUGAGUUUUAUUAAAUUUGAUUGUUUUUUUCCCCCAUGACCAGAAAAUGGUCUGUAUAAUGUCCUGAGAGUGUAUUUUUAAUGAGCGAACUUAACUGGGGUUUUGUCAACCUUGAAAUGUCCAAUACAACUGCAGUAUUUCUCUGGAGGGGCUACUGAGGCAGCAUUUGGGCGAGUUGAGUUCUCCUUCGCUGUGACUGGUAGCUCUGUUCUGCCAUCUGAUGUCAGAUGUCUUCUCUGGUGUACUGUCCAGCAUUCCUGUUGUUGCUUCUGUGAUAGCUGAAAUGAGUCCAUUCGAGACCCCUCUUAGCUUCUCCGAUGGAGUAGGUCAAUGUAGAAAGUGACAGGAGGGGGGGUUGUGGUGUCUGGGGCAGUGGUGUUGAUCAAAAAGGGGGAAAUUGUAUUGUUUUUUUAAUUGAUUGUAUUGGUUUUGAUGUGAUUCAAUAAAAAAUGGUUCACAAUAAAAAAAUAAAGUGAUAAGAGACAGCGCGGAACCACACCUUAAUACAGUAAACAAUAUUAGAAAAUGUAUACUUGGGCAAUUAAGGACACUUUAUUUCAAUAAUCUUUCAGUAUUCUUCCGUACAAAACACAAAUCAAAUUUGUAAUGAGAAUCCUUCAUAUUACAUACUGUGAAUUACUAGAAGUGAAGUAAAUUGAAAUUAAAUUUGAACCUUAUUCUCUUAUUGCUCUAUUCAAUCAGAUCCACUUUAGCCGACAUCUGCAUAGAGGUUGUUUUGGCGGUGUCGGAGGUGAACUGCGUUCGAGCUGUCAAAUCCACAAGGGCUCCUGGCAUUAUACCUCCAUCGGACAUUGCCAUUGGCUGCACAGCGUCGCAUUAAGAGAAAUCCCAUGUAGCCUUGUUUACAAGUUCGAACACUAGAAUGUGAGAUGUAAUCUUCACCUCGAUUAGGCUGAUAGAAAUCCUCAUUAUUUAGAUUAAUGAUUUUCAAUUAGAGCAUCAUUAUUUCUAUAUAGCCUACACUUUCUUAUUCUGAACUUCUAACGCCAGUGUGGCUUCAUGACAGUGAUUAAGAGCAGCUGCUCACCGAUUUGACUGCUCUAAUGCAGCUACACCUCCGACACUGCCAAAACAUCAGCCAUUUUUCUACCCAAGCCUUUUU